AGCUCUAGCUGUGAGUGGACACCUUCGUCAUGGGGAUUGGGGAUGCAAGAAAAUUAUCAUCUGAUUACUAAUACAAACACUCGGUGCUCGCUCCAACUAGCACGCCUUUUGUACAGCGUAUAUCCUGUCACUCUUUCCUGCUACGGCCACUCGCCGCCAGAGCUCGGAGAGAUAGACAAUGCACGUUUUCCUGCUGCUACCGCUUGCGCUUGUAUUCAUUAGCUCGACGACGGCGCAAGAGUCUACCCUCAAUCACACAAUUGUAUGGUUGUUGCGUGACGACAACGUGACGACGGACAUCGCCAACGAGGCAAAAGUGUCUGGAAAGCUGACCAUCGCGCCGCGACACAUGACAGCGGGACUCGACGAUUUCAACAUCGUUCUGCCGUCGGUGCCGCGCGAACUGGUGACAUACCUGCCGAAAUGGUCGCGCGACACGCAUCUGUUCGGCAUCGCGACCGGUCCCAACACCAUCGAACUCUCCCGCCUCUGCACCGACAGUGUGGAAGGAGGUCUCGAUGGCACCGGACACACGGACAUCUACGAGACUAAGAAUGGCUACAGCUUGUGGAGGACCUAUCAUAGGUCGUGGAAUCCUGAUUUAUAUCAUAAGGAAGACGAGCUGGGGCCCUAUCAGACUGUGUCGACGACGCUCGAUAUCGAGAUCUCAAAUUUUUCUGUGGACGAGACGGCAAUGUCAAUCGAAGAGAGCUUGCAACAUCUCGACACUCCAAGUAAUACAACCAUCAAGGCUUCGCUUUAUCUCAAAGUAAUAAUCUGGAUCAAUCCGACAUUCGAGCAACGUCGUGCCGGUCUCAUUCCGGCCAGAAUUGUUGUUCAAGACUACGUCCAUCUGGAUGUAGUCGUCGUUCCUCAUCCCGACGAGGCGGAAGACUACCCAUUCGAUAUCACUUUUAAGCGCCAGCUCUGCCUUCAACCCGUCCGUUUCAAGCUUGAUGAAAGAACGUGUGUUCGCUAUGUAGACAAAGAAUACAAAUAUUCACGAAGGAGUUGGUAUGUACGGAGAUACGGAUGGGGAUGGUACAGGUACAUACGAUAUUACUAUUACAUAAAGUAUUACAAAACAUACAAACGAGAGUGCGUCAAGUAUAUGAACUCCACAAUGACCGGCACAGGAUUUGACUCCGCACGUGCCGUGGCUUCCGCAGAGUGGAACAAAGUCAACAUCGAACUGACGUGGAAGCCGAUGAAAACCAUCGACACGAAAUCGCGUUUCGAUUUGUUCGUCACCGCCGGAAGGACAGACACGUCGUAUUGGGAAACCCGCGUAAUGGACAACGUCAACGACGACGACUGCGUCGAAGUAUACUUUAUAAAAGAGUUCGAUCCGAAAGAGGCUCACGGCGGUGGGGCGGUGUGGAAUCCGGGAACGGCAUCAGCAAAAGUCGUUGUUGCCGACAGUCAUCUUCAGUGCAAUCAGCCAACAUUCCUCGCACACUUAAUUGGUCACGCUUUGGGACUAAAGCAUCCCGGAAACGACAGUGAUGGUUACAAGGCUGGUUCUCCUGGUACUGUCAUGUGCAAGUCGGUCGACGACACUCAGAGUCCUUCGCGAAAUAGCGUCGAGAACGGUCUCAAUGUCAACAAUCCUCUCGUUACAUGGUCGGUUGACUUCGCGCCCGGUGGAACACCGGAUUGUGGUGCUGGCCUUGACGGUUGUGGAACGUGCGAGGAGCACAUAGACAAUACCCCUUGUCACAAUACUACUCACUCUCCUUGAAUUGCAUGCCGUUGACAUCUUGCAAGGAAGACAUUUUUCGUGUUUAUGUAGUGACUGUAAGCGCAUGAGGAUAUCAGCGACUUGCUAAAGUAAGCGUCAAACUGUGACACUGAACGCAGUAAAGGCAGCAUCACUUUAUUUAUCUAAAAAUAUGCAUUUUAAUGCA